UGUUCGAUCAGUUGCCAAUCCGCCACAGCUAUCUGUCUAUACUUUCAUCAUUUUCCACUUAAGUGAUUCCAUCUUCGAGACACCUGUGUAGUUUCUUUGAUCGACUCUGCUUUUAUUGCAUGGACCGAUGGGAUGGAUCGAAUCGAAAGUUUCUAACAACGAAGAGGGGAUGGAAGUGACCUGGUCAUGUUAAUAGAUCGUUGAAAAUUGUUGUUUCGAUUAAACUCGUAGUGAAAGAGAUUGCAUUCAGUUGUGUGUUUUUUUUUCACGUACAAAAGCGAGAAUGGUAUGCUCGGUGGUGCAUGAAGAAUCGAUUGGUCAACAUCCUGACUUUCCAACUGAAUUUCAUGUUCGACGAGAAUGAAAAGCAACUUCGAGAAAGUUCCACGGUUUUAUCGAUUCAUUUGAUGAUUUUCUGAGUUCAUUAACGAAAAUGAGGAUCAUAGCAGGGAAAUUAAUUUAUCUUUUUAUCAUCUGCUCGAUGAUGCAGAAAAGUUGUAACAGAUACCUGGAGGGUAUGAACCUGAACCUAGGGGAUGCUUUGCAAUUCCUGAGGGAAUACGACAGCGAAGCUUCCGCGAUGUGCACCAGAGUGAUGACAGCACAGUGGAAUUUCGCUACGAACGUCACCGAAAGCAAUCGUCGAAAAAUGUUAGACGAGCAAGGGUUGAAGUUGAAAUUCGAUCGAAUUUCCUGGCGCAAAACUGUCAGUUUUGCUUGGAGCCGAAUACCGGAUCCUCUGGCGAGAAGAGAACUUAGGAUGAUUGCUAUAAGAGGGAGGAAUUCCCUGACAGAUGACAAAUUCAACGAGCUGCACAGUCUGAUUGUUGAAAUGAAAGAAAUAUACACGAGAACGAGAUUGUGUCCUUAUAGGACAAUAGGUUCCAAUUGCAAUCUGAGUUUGGAUCACGAUGUCAGUAAAAUAAUGGCACGAUCAAAGGAUUACGACGAAUUGCUGUACUAUUGGCACGCUUGGCACGAGGCCACUGGACCUCAGCUUAAAAACAAAUACAUGAGAUACGUUCAGCUGGCAAAUCAGGCAGCCAAAUUAAACGGAUUUGAAGAUGCUGGUGAUCAAAUGAAAGAACUCUUCGAGGACGAGUAUUUUCAACAAAAUGCAGCAGACGUGAUGUCAGCGAUAAUGCAUCUGUACAAAAAUCUGUUCACAUACGUGAGGACAAAAUUGUUCGAGAGAUAUGGUGACAGGAUUCGAAGGGAUGGUCCACUUCCGGCGCACAUCUUGGGAAACAUGUGGGCUCAAAAUUGGGAGGAAUUGUUCGAUUUGGUUCAGCCGUUUCCGGCAAGCAAAAGACUGGAUGUCACUUUGGAUAUGAUGAUUCAAGGAUUCACCCCAUUAAGGAUGUUCCAAAUAGCAGAGGAAUUCUUUACUUCCCUUGGAAUGAAACCAAUGCCCCCAGAAUUCUGGAGAUUCUCAAUGUUUGAGAGACCUAUCGACAGAGAAGCAAAGUGCACACCCAGUGCUUGGGACUUCUGCAACAGAAUUGACUACAGGAUAAAACAGUGUACAAGGGUUACGAUGGAGGAUUUGCUAUCAACUCAUCACGAGAUUGCUAAAUUACAAUAUUAUUUGCAAUACAGAGAUCAACCGUUACUAUUUCGAAACGAAGCAAUUCCAGGAUUUUUCGAAGCAGUCAGCGAUGCCAUUGAAUUAUCUGCCUUUACACCUAAACAUUUAAGCAAACUUGGUUUGUAUGAUAAUUCCACGGAUGAUUAUGGGACCGAUAUUAAUUUUUUGAUGCUGAUGGCCCUUCGCAAAGUUGCCUACAUGCCAUUUGCUUAUAUAGUCGAUGAGUGGAGGUGGCGUGUGUUCAACGAGGGUGUUACCGAUAUGACGAACAAAUGGUGGGAGUUAAGGCUACAGUAUCAAGGAAUCGUACCACCUGUGCCACGAUCUGAAAGAGAUUUUGAUCCUGCUUCAAAAUAUCACAUCCCAGCAGAUGCUCUUUAUGCCAAAUACUUUGUUAGUAUCGUCCUACAAUUUCAACUGUACGAGUCUUUGUGCGAAAUAUCAGGUCACACAGGUGACCUACACACCUGUGAUUUUUAUAGAUCACGAGAGGCUGGACGAUUACUGUCGGAUGUGUUAUCAAUUGGUUCAUCCAGAACAUGGAAGGCGGUUGUACGAGAAAUGACAAGAGGCAGAACAAAUAGAAUGGAUGCUGGUGCAAUGUUAAGGUAUUUUGAGCCCUUGAACCAAUGGCUGAAGCGACAAAAUGAAAUGGAACCAGUUGUUGGCUGGAUUACAAAUCGCGAAGACACAGAGAAACACUUACAUCACAGAAACCUAUCCUGUAAUUAUGCUCCGUUUUUUAAUCGUAUCAAUGCGCGCGAAGUGCCAGUCCAGUAUAAAUUCAACAAAAAUAUCUUGGUCACGCGGUAUUGUCGAUCAAAGACAAAUAAAGAUGUUGGCAAAGACAGCACAACAGCAGAGCCAAAGAAAGUAUCAGUAUUCGCAAGAAUGAAACAAAUGACCAAGGAUUAUUGGCAUGUACUAAUUCCAGUUCAUGUUGUAACAUCUAUAGGCUGGAUGGUUAUGUUCUAUGCAACAAUAAAAAAUGGUGUGGAUAUUAUAAAGGUCAUGGAAUACUUGAGCUUUAGUGAUAAGUAUUUAGAUAUGGUACGGAAAUCCAGUGCAGGGAAUUGGGCCUUAGCAUAUGUUCUUUUUAAAAUAUUUACACCUCUUAGAUAUACAGUCACUAUAGGAGCUACAACAAUGGCUAUCAAACAGCUUAGCAAAUCAGGCAUUGUCAAACCUUUGCCAUUUGGCAAACAAUCUCAGGUCUACAAGACAACAAAAUCAAAUAAACAAACAACAACGACGUCAAAGCAAUUUAAAGUAGAGCGAGAAACGGAGCCUCCGAAAACGUAGCGAUAUCGGAACCACCCGUCGACUACCAUCUGGAUAAGAAGGUUCUAUCUCUUUCGUCGUGCAAUCUUGAAGCUUCGUGGAUCAAAAUGGAUGUACAUUGUCUUUGUAAAUAUAUAAACGUUAUUGUGUUACGAUAAAAACCUUAUACGCAAUAUUA